GGGGUGUGUAAUAGGCAGCGCAAUGGCGAAGUCGAUUUCGAGUGCCUCCAGCUCUCUCUUUCAAACCCUGAGGCGAUACAUCAAGAAGCCAUGGGAGAUCACGGGUCCCUGCGCCGACCCGGAAUACCGGCUCGCCGUACCAGACGCUCUCGACUACCGGGUCCCCAGUCCCGCCAUGAUUGAGCGCAAGGCCAUUAUCCCCACUUCCGAACCCGAGCACGUCUACGACAUCAAGUAUUUUGCUCGAGACCAGCGUCGCAAUCGCCCCCCAAUCAAGCGCACCGUUUUGAGGAAGGCCGAUGUGGAGAAGAUGAUGAAGGAGACGUCGUUCGAUGUCACCGAUUUUCCCCCUGUUUAUUUGACGGCCAAGGUCGAGGAGGACUACAAUGCCGUCGGUGGCGGCUACCAGAAGUGAAAUCUGGUUCGUGGCUAUUAACGAGUAAAGAUUCCCAUCUCUCUGUUAAAUCUUUUUGCUGUACUCAUCAUCUAUUCGGCAAUUUGUCCAGAGUCUCCAGACUGCUGUAGUUGAAGGAUUUCUGUGUUUUACACCAAUAAGGGUGAUAGCUUCAUCUGCAUUAUAUGUAAACUGAUCUCCCCAACAAUAUAUGUUUCCUUUUCCUAUGAUUUUCAAAUUGAAUUUUAGUUGUCAUUGCUAUUUGUAAGCUGUUCUGUUUGUUUCAUAAUGUUUGGACUUUAUGCUUGCCUUUCU